AUGAAGUCCCUAUCAUCAUCAUCAACGACGACAGCCAACCCAACACCAUCCGAGGCCUCACAGCUACGACCAACGACGCGUCAGGCCAACGGCCCCACCAACCUCAACGAGAGCACACCCAGGACUCUCGGGUUUUCCGAGCAGCGCGUUCUGCAGGCCCCCUUCUGCUCCGGCCGUUCCUGA